AUGUCGGACGUAGACGAAACGACGCCACUCACUGGGGACCGGCCUCGACAGAAGACCAUAGACGACAAGCCACGUGGUCAGUUUCGCUCAACCAUUGGCAUGAUCCUAUCUCUGAUGGGAUGUGUGGUUGGUACUGGAAAUAUUUGGAGAUUUCCAAGAAUAGUCGCCAAUAAUAGCGGUGAAGGAGGAGCACUUCAUUUCCUUAUUAUUUGGUUGUUUUUCCUGUUUUUAUGGUCCAUGCCGAUGAUGUUGGUGGAAUAUGCGACCGGUCGUUACACCAAGCUUUGUGUUGUAGAUUCUUUCAGAAAGCUGAUUGGUCCACAAAAUAUGUGGUGUGGAGGACUGAUUGUUGUUGGAACCUUAGGAAUAUCGUCUUACUAUUGCACUCUCUGUGGAUGGAGUUUAUAUUACUUUCAAUAUUUCAUAUUUAAUGACCUUCCCAUAAAUGAAACUGCCAGUCAGGCUAUAUUUGAUAACUACACUGAGAGCAGUUGGACGUAUUUUACAACAUUUCUUGCCGCACUGAUAGCAAGUAUAUCCGUCCUAUGGUCCGUGAAGAGUAUUGAAAUCGCCAACACCAUACUAGUGCCAACAUUUCUGCUUUUACUAUUAUUCAAUUUUAUUUGGGCCAUGACACUUGAAUUUUCAAACCUUGGUCUCAGAUUUUUAUUUUCUCCAGAUUGGGCUUUAUUGUCUGAUCCGGUGACGUGGAUGGAAGCAAUAAGUCAAAAUGCCUGGGAUACCGGAGUCGGACAUGGUGAAUUCCUGUCCUAUGCAACACAUAUGACCAGAGAAAAUGGUGUUGUUAAAAUAUCAACGGGUAUACCUACAGCCAACAACUUAGUUAGUUUAUUAAAUGGAAUGACUACUUUUGCAUCAGUAUUUGCCAUUGAAACAGCAAAUGGAAAGAACAAGACAGAGAUUAUACAAGUAUUGAAAUCAAAUGGACCUGGUAAUACUGGUCUUACAUUUGUAUGGGUGCCUAUGCUGUACGCUACUGUGGAGACAUUUGGCAAGUACCUCGCCAUUGGGUUCUUUUUAGCGACGGCGUUUGCUGGGAUCAGUUCUUUAAUAGCACACCUUGAACUCUAUGCAAAAACCUUGGAAGAUUUUGGCAUAAAAAGGGUGCCAUCUGUAAUAUUUUCAUCAAUAGUUGUUUUUCUGAUCAAUUUUGGAGCUUCCUCAAGUGUAGAAGUUCUAGUGAGUCUGGAUUACGUAUGGGCUUAUCAAUUGGUUAUAUCAGGACUAUUAUUUCAGUAUCUUGUUAUCCGUUUUGGUGCCACUAAAUACAGAACUCAGAUUAUCAACGAAUACGGUACAACUGAUUGGAUCUUACCAAAGCCAUGGGAAUGGCUUAUUAAGUUCAUUGCUCCAUUUGAAGCAUUGGUGUUGUUGCUAUGGUUUCUGAUUAAUGAACUUAUUACCAAACCUGAUUGGUACUUGUUGGAUACUCUUUCGUUGAUGAACCUCAUUAUGCAGUGGAGCAUUGCAACAGCUCUUCUGAUCAUACCAAAUUACAUCUAUGUUUGCUGUUGGUUGCCACGGAAACGAAAGAAAGAUGAUGAUCUUGUGAUGCCAGAAAGAGAAGAUUUUCAUGAGUCUCCAGGAAAACAGGCAUUUAUGUAUACUGAAGAGAACAAGUAA